AUGGUUGAAUCAGCUCAACCCAGACUUAUUACUCAACGGCCGCCGACUUCAACAACGAAUCACUCGCUGGCGAAAAAAAAGGCAAACGUCACCUCAAUGUAUGAAUUCGACCACUCGAUGCCUUCUCAAGAGCUUCCACAACAUCUCCCGAAUGACGAAGAAGACAACGGAGCGGUGGGGAAUGAUAAUCUGGAGGACGAACACACCGAAAAUCAGAUGGAUUCUUCUCCUGAAAUUUUUUACUCGCCAGAUGGCUACCCUUAA